AUGUCAGGUGGCGGUCAUUAUGACUUCACCACCACCACCCCAGCUAUACAGAACACCAUGCAGACACUCCGAACAGCCAGGUAUACAUCCUUCAAGAUAUCCAAAUUAGCAGUAUUCCAUCCAUACCAACGAUACCGAUUCAUCAUGUCCCAGUCCUCAUCAACCCUAAGCACCUUCCAAUCCGCCCUCGAAACCCUCUACGGCCCUCUCGCCCUCUCCUCCCUCCCCAACCCUUCGUCCUGGACACCCCCGCAAAGCUCCGGCGGACAUAAAGGCCGCUACCUCUGGACAGACGCCUUCGAGGUCCUCUCCCUGCUAACCCUACACACCGAGGUAAACCGGAAUCCAGCGACCAAGGACGCCGCAGGGUAUACAUAUCUAACACUCGCCUCGCGACUCGUCGAGGCAGUGCAUAACACGCUGGGCUACACGCGCGAUGGCUCCCGGCGUCUCAGCGGUGCCUCAGACUCAAACCCGCUGGGCGGGGGACUCAGGAUCGGGAAAAUGGAGGAGUUUGGCAGCGACGGAGACGGGCAGUACCACCAUUACCUGACGCUGUGGAUGUUUGCGCUGAACCGGAUGAGUGUUGCGACUGGGGACCCGAAGUAUAAUGAGCAGGGCAUUGCGCUGGCAAAGGCGAUCCAUGGCGCGUUCUUCAUGAAUCGUGCUUCGGAGCGCGCAAGGAUGGUCUGGAAGAUGGAUAUGGAGUUGAAUAAGGCGCUUGUUGGCAGUGAGGGGAAUCUGGACCCGAUUGAUGGGUUUGUGGUGUUUAGGCUUUUGCAGGCUGCUGCGGGUGCACGGGGUGGAGAUGGGGAGGUGUUGAAAGAGGAAAUUGAGGACUAUGCGCGUGUUAUGAGGCGUAAGGGAGAGCAUUUUGUUUCUGCGGACCCGUUGGAUCUGGGGAUGACGCUGUGGACUGCGCAUUGGUUUGUUCAUGAGGAGUGGGCGGCGAAAUUGGGAGAGAGGUGUUUUGAGCAGAUCUGUAUGUCCAGCAUUCACUCCAUAUGUCCAGCUGUGCGGCGUUAA